AUGGCUCGAGACAUGGAUGCUCAUUCGAGCUUCCUGUACCUCGUCGAGAACCUGCCUUCCUGGCAAGCCACCAUUGAUUCAUUGUCUGUUCAUGCCGCUCAAAAGAAUGCCGAAUUCGGUGCAGAAUAUGCUCGACUGGUCAAUCAGAUCAGACCGAAGCGUAGAAAGACUCCCUCCGUUGCCUCUAUCCACACUCAUGAUGCUGAAUCUCCAAUUGAGUCUCCCACGACCUCUUCGAACGUUGAUGAUGUCGCCUCUCCAUCCGAUCGUGUCGACAUCAAUCCCCUCGAUGCCGAAAACAGAUGUUUAUACGUACAGGCCCGAAGGAAAAGGAAACCAGACCAAUCUCUUCGUUCAGGUGCCUCCGGCCCCCCCCAGUUCAGAAACAAGAACCAAGUCGUGGUUUACUAUGAUGGGUACUUACAAGAGCAGCUCGACAGCAUGGUCAAACUAAUUGGAGUUGGUCGGAAUAAUCUGCGAAAGGGGAAGAAUGCAUUGGCAGCGGCCAAAGGGUUUCGACUGCCCACCUUGACCACCCGAUCUGGUCAAGGUUAUCCUUCACUUGAAAAUAUCAAGAGUACCAUGAUAUCUCGGAAUGCGUCCACAUUGCUACAAGGAAAACAAUCCAGAGGCCCAAGAGGGCAACCCGCCUCCGAUGAUGAGACUGCUUUUUUCCAGGUCGACAAACAGCUGGAAAUUAUCCAAUCGUUGUGUGAAACAGCUGCUCACCAGUUUCUUCGAGAUGGAGAUUGCAGGACUGAACUUGACUCCAUUCAUCAAAAGUUUGAUCUCGUCCUUGAACAAGCUAAGACUACUGCGGAGUCGCUCAAGAAACUGCGAGGGGAAAGUCGUGCCUUAUCCCAGGACGGGACCGACAAUCAAGGAUCCAUCGGAUCUGACCACAACAAUAACAACAACAACUGCGCCCACUCAGAUACGACAAUAUCUACCCAACCCUCAAUGGAAGGCCUCAAAACACCUAAAAUUGGCGCCGCCCCGGAUCCGAGCCCUUUAAUAUUGAGCCACACCAUGGAAGAUAUGAAAUCUCGAGGAGCACUCUUCCGUGCUCCUGAAAUUCCUCCCGACACCACGGCUGCCGUUUUGAUGGCUGAUACCAUCGAGGUUGACGACGCCAGCGACCAAAGUUCCAUCGAGGUGGACAUUUCUCAAUAUCGACUUACCAGUCCUAGGAGAGCCGUGGUUUGA